UUUGUAAAUCAACCGAAUAAUGAAAUAAGGGUAUCCAAUUGGUUGUGUAGAAUUAUUCUCAUAGAUAGUUUUGUUUGAUUGACGCAUGUAAUCUCACCAAGGGAUGACGUCAGUGAGAGGAUUGAGUGUAGGUUGGCUAAAGGGCUAAGGCAUACAUCAAUUUGAGGAUUUAUUCCAUAUAUAUUGUAGACGCAUGAGAGGUGUAAACCAGGUGAUGGAGGUUUUCAUGAUGUAGACGAAGAAGUAACACAGUCACAAAAACACGUCAACAUGAACAUCACCAAUCAAACCAACAGCUCGACUCUACCCUCCCACAUCCAUCCCAGCUACCCCCGCGAGCUCAGGCUUUUCAUGCGAUCCGUGGAGGGAUUGACGACUAUUGUGGGUAUCCUGUGUAAUGUUCUGGUGUGCGUAGUGAUCCUGGGGCGCGCGCGCAAAUCCGCCAUCUCACAUUAUCUGCUGAGCCUCGCCACCGCUGACCUAGGUAUCCUCAUCUUUAUCGUCCCUGUGUUCAUUGUCCGCAUGGAAGCCGUCACGUGGCCAUUCGGGGAGUUCGGCUGCGUGUUUAUGCUACCACUCGCCGAGAUGUUCUACCCAGCGUCCAUUUGGACAAUAACCUUCAUCGCUGUGUCGAGAUACAUCAGCAUUGUUAGAAGAUCCCAUCUCCGCCCCCGCGUGCGAGGCACCAAGUCCUUGAAAGUCACCAAGGCUACCCUCGCGGGUAUCUGGCUGGCGGCGUUCCUGUCAGGAAGUCUCCCGAUGUUCUUCAUGUUCAGGCUGAUUAAAGUGCGCUUCAAAUGGUUUUGCUCACCGCAGUGGCCGGCGCGUAACACUAUAGCUUACGUACGAGCGUACCAUCUAAUCACCUCGCUUAUCCACUACUUUAUUCCGCUUGUUAUCAUUCUGGCGACUUACUGCACCAUUCGCAACACCCUCGAGAGUAGCAUCGACUUCCAUAAGAAGAUGCACCAAGGCAGAAAGAAUGAAGACUCCAACACCAUCGCCCUCAACAUCAAAUCCAAGCGGAUCUUGACUCCCUUAGUGCUGGCCUUUGCAAUUCUCAUGCUCCCAGUCACCUUAGCAAGACUCCUACAACUAUUCAAUGUAGCCAUCCAUUACUACUUGCUUUCGGACAUUUUCCUGCUUUGCUUGGCCACCAAUAGUGCGAUAGAUCCGUUCAUUUACUACAUGGUGAAUUCGGAGUUCCGCACGGACCUGAUAAAUAUGUUCAAAGCUAGACCACGUCUGCCUUCGCGUGCCAGCAAUAUCUCCCUCACUGUAACGUCCCUGCCGAGAUCCGGGCGAACUCUGAGUGUGUGCCGGAACACGAGCGACGGGAAUGUGCGCAAUGAGCCGAGAGACUUGCAAGAGAUUGAUUUUGCAGUGUUCCCUUACACGCGCACUAACAGUGAUGCAGGACUUACCUUUCAGGCAAGAGGAAGGGGGGAGGUGGAUCUGUGCGGGAUAAUACAAAGGGAGGGGAGGGAUACUAAUUGCAAUUGGGACAUCCAAAGCGAUAGUAGUUCUGGCAUCAAAGAUCCAACAGAGGGAUGCUCUGUUAUUUGUGAAAAUCGUAACGCCAUUGAGUGAAGUGAUAGGGCUGUUUCCAAUGCAAAGACACGCAAAGAAUGUAUAUACCGUAAAAAAAAAUCCGAUUGCAACGCUAAUGCAUCUUAUGGAAUUAUCAUAUACAUACGAACGAAAUAUCAUCAAUAAAAUCAAGCAGUUAAAAAAAA